AUGCCUUUCACCUCGCCAUCAUGGGUGCCGAAGCUGCCAGAGAUACCGGACUCCAUCUCCAUCGACCAGUUCAUGUGGGAUGAGAACUACAACCGACAUCCGCUCGGCUACUCCCGACCUCCCUUCACCUGCGGCUUGACGGGCAAGGCAUACUCAGCGUUAGAAGUCAAGGAGCGCAUAGAUCACCUUGCCCGCGGCUUGGCGAAAGAGUUGGGAUGGCAGCCCAACCAGCGGACCGAGUGGGACAAGGUCAUCGGCGUGUUCAGCGUCAACACGAUCGACACCCUGACGUUGGCUUGGGCCACCCACCGGCUCGGUGGCCUCCAGACGCCCGCGAACGCCGCAUAUUCCGCCGAGGAACUGCAAUACCAGCUUAGGGACUCUGGCGCAAAAUGUCUCUUCACAUGCCUCCCCCUCCUCGAAGCAUCUUUGCAGGCUGCGAGGGCGGUUGGGCUGCCAGAGAACCGGGUGUAUAUCCUCGAGAUGCCAAAGGUAGCGACGGGCGGGCAGGAAGCGCCGAAGCAGUACAAGACCGUACAGCAGUUGAUUGAUGAAGGGUCUAAGCAGCCGCGAUUGGAGCCAUUGAAUUGGAAACAGGGCCAGGGCAAGACGCAGUGCGCGUUCCUGUGCUAUUCUAGUGGAACAUCAGGGCUACCAAAAGGUGUAAAAAUCUCUCACUACAACGUCAUCGCCAACACCCUCCAAAUCAGUACCUACGACAAACCCUACCGCGACACCAAAAUCGAGCCUCGCAACCAAUCCGACUAUAUCGAAAACGCGCUCGGCCUCCUCCCCAUGAGUCACAUCUACGGCCUCGUUGUGAUCUGCCACGCGAGCGUCUACCGCGGCGACGGCGUCGUCGUGCUGCCCAAAUUCGAAUUCAAGUCCUUCCUCCAGGCGAUCCAGAACUACAAGAUCAACACGCUCUACCUGGUCCCGCCGAUUAUUAUUUUGAUGACCAAGAACAAGAACGUCAUGGAUCAGUUCGACCUCAGCAGCGUGCAGGGCAUCUUCACCGGCGCGGCGCCGCUGGGGCAGGAAACGGCGGAUGAUUUGCAGAAACUGUAUCCCGACUGGUCGAUCCGCCAGGGCUAUGGGCUUACGGAGACCAGCACGGUCGUCUGCUCCACUAGCGGGCAGGACAUCUGGUUCGGCUCGUCUGGGUCUCUCCUUCCUGGAAUAACGGUGAAGCUCAUGUCGAUUGAGGGCGUCGAGAUCACGGGGUAUGAUCAGCCGGGCGAGCUGGUGGUCAACUCUCCCUCGGUGGUCAUGGGGUAUUUGAAUAAGCCGGAAGCGGACAAGGAAACGUUCCAGGACGGCUGGAUGCGGACUGGCGAUGAGGCGGUCAUCAGGGUGGCCCCUUCGGGCCAUGAGCAUGUGUUCAUUGUUGAUCGCAUUAAGGAAUUGAUUAAAGUCAAGGGCCUCCAAGUCGCUCCAGCAGAGCUAGAAGCGCAUCUCCUAACUCACCCAUCAGUCGCCGACUGCGCCGUGAUCCCGGUACCCGACGAGCGAGCCGGUGAGGUACCGAAGGCCUUCGUUGUCAAGUCGACCUCGGUCGGUCUUGAGGAAAGCGAUCGCAUGGUUGCUCGUGAGAUUGCCAAGCACGUCGAGGAGCACAAAGCGCGGCACAAGUGGCUUAAGGGCGGCGUCGAGUUUAUCGAUGUCAUUCCGAAGAGCCCUAGCGGUAAGAUUCUGAGGCGAUUGUUGAGAGACAAGGAGAGAGAGGUGAGGAGGGCUAAGGGAGCGAAGUUGUAG